AUUCUUAGCUCAAAAGAGAAAUAAAAAGCAAAAGUUAUCGUUGUUUGCCAUCAUUUGCCAGCGAAGCAAAUAAUACACUCGAGCUUUUUCUCACUUGCACUAUAAAAUGACCAAUCUUGAAGACAGGAGUUAUAGAUAGGUGUUUUGAGUUGGCACUUAGGUGAAAAGAGAGAAUGGAGAGAGAAGAAGAUGUGAAGGUUGGAGCAAACAAAUAUUCAGAGAGGCAAGGGUUGGGCACAGGAACUCAGAGUGACAAGGACUACAAGGAAGCACCCCCAGCACCCUUGUUUGAGCCAGGGGAGUUAAAGUCAUGGUCUUUUUACAGAGCUGGGAUUGCAGAGUUCGUAGCCACCUUCUUGUUCCUCUAUAUCACAGUUUUAACUGUGAUGGGUGUGAACAGAUCACCCUCUAAGUGCUCCUCCGUUGGCAUUCAAGGCAUUGCUUGGGCUUUUGGUGGCAUGAUCUUUGCCCUCGUCUACUGCACAGCUGGAAUAUCAGGUGGGCACAUAAAUCCGGCAGUGACAUUUGGAUUGUUUUUGGCUAGGAAGCUGUCCCUGACAAGAGCGAUAUUCUACAUUGUGAUGCAAUGUCUUGGAGCUAUAUGUGGUGCUGGUGUGGUGAAGGGCUUUGAGGGUAAUGGUAGAUAUGAGAUGUACAAAGGUGGAGCUAACUUUGUGAGUCAUGGAUACACCAAGGGUGAUGGACUUGGAGCUGAAAUCGUUGGUACUUUUAUUCUUGUUUACACUGUCUUCUCCGCUACUGAUGCCAAGAGAAAAGCUAGAGACUCUCACGUUCCGAUUUUGGCCCCUCUUCCCAUUGGGUUUGCUGUGUUCUUGGUCCACUUGGCCACCAUUCCCAUCACAGGAACUGGCAUUAACCCAGCUAGGAGUCUUGGUGCUGCUAUAAUAUACAACAGAGACCAUGCUUGGGAUGACCAUUGGAUUUUCUGGGUUGGACCUUUCAUUGGAGCUGCUCUUGCUGCUGUAUACCAUCAAAUAGUUAUCCGAGCAAUUCCUUUCAAGACAAGGGGUUAACGAUUACUCACUCCUUCCUUAGUUUUCAAUUAUCAUAUUACGGAAUCUAUUUUUUUAAUCCAUCGUGUGUGUAAAUUAUGACCUACGUAUUUGCUACUUCUAUUGUGUGAACUCAAAAUGUGGAUGGAUUGUGGAGAUUCUUCAUCCUUUUAUGCCUAGUGCUCGUGCCU